UAUGUAUCCGAGCUCCGAGCCGCCGAGUCUCUGCCGAGUGCCGAGUCCGAUGUCCGAUACGGUGGAGAAACGCCAACACAGCCGUCUUUAGAAUUGUCAGUGUCACUAGUGUUUUGAUAUUACUGUAGUGAAAACAACAUCCUUGUAUUUAUGUUUUGGGGCACCGUUGUAUGUAGAAAUUAUAACAAAAUGGGUAUACCACUAUUACAAGUGUUGAAAAAACUUGAAAAUAUCUCCCCUUUAAAACUAGCAGAAUCUUGGGAUAAUGUUGGACUUUUGGUAGAACCUGAAAAAAAUAAAUUAGUUAGUACUAUUUUACUUACCAUCGAUUUAACAGAAGAUGUAGUUGAUGAAGCUAUUGAUAAUAAAGUACAAAUGAUUAUAACUUAUCAUCCAAAUAUAUUUCGUCCUAUGACGUGUAUUACUCAGAGUCACUGGAAAGAGAGAGUUAUAAUUAAAUGUAUUAAAAACGAUAUAAUGAUAUUCAGUCCUCAUACAAGUUGGGAUGCAAUGUUAGAUGGUGUGAAUGAUUGGCUGGCCUCAUCUUUGAACCCCAAAUCUAGUAAACCAAUAGUAGAAAGUAAAGAGGAUUCUAAUGUUGGAAUGGGUAGAUUAAUAACACUGGAAACUCCAUUCUUAUUGAAAUAUAUAAUUCAGAAAAUUAAAAUGCACAUUGGGAUUCCUUACGUUCGAGUUGGUUUAGCUGAACACAAGAAUUUAGGUAAAAAAUCGUGUACAAAACAUUAAAACAGAUAAACAAGAGCUCAAACGAGUGUUCAACUGUAUCAAAUAUUUUAAAAGAUUUCUCUUGAGUCUGCGAGCUAUAAUUUUAAUAUUACCUAUUAUUAGUUUAUAAUGCAGUAAAGCACCAAUAGUUAAAAUAGUAGUAAUUGUGGAUAAUAUUCAUUAAUGUUAUACAUAUUUUUCCAUUCAUUGUUACGUAUUUUAUACAAGAUCAAGGUAGCAGAAAUUAAAUUUUAGGUUUUUACGC